GUAGCCAGUGAGCACCUAGCUAGGGGACGGCCGGUAGCAGCUCGCUCGUCGACCGAGCCACCGUCACCUUGUUGGACCUUGCCAGGACAUGAAGCCAGCGGCGGCCACGAUGCUCCCGCGAGCACUACCCGUUCUGCUGCUGCUGCUUGCGGCGGCCGUGACGGUGAGCGCGGAGAGGGCGCCGACGCUGGUGUUCAUCCUGGCGGGGCAGUCCAACAUGGGGGGCCGUGGCGGAGCCACGUCCGGGAACCGCUGGGACGGCGUCGUGCCCCCGGAGUGCGCGCCGUCCCCGCGCACGCUGCGCCUCUCGCCGUCCCUCCGCUGGGAGGAGGCCCGCGAGCCGCUGCACGCCGGCGUGGACGCGGGCAACGUGGUGGGCGUGGGCCCGGGGAUGCCAUUCGCGCACGCGCUGCUCCGGUCGCCGGCCUGCCCGCGCGGCGCCGUCGUGGGGCUCGUCCCCUGCGCGCAGGGCGGCACGCCCAUCGCCAACUGGUCCCGCGGCUCCGAGAUGUACGACCGGAUGGUCACCCGCGCCCGCGUUGCAGGGACGGGAACCGGGAGGGUCGCCGCCUUGCUGUGGUUCCAGGGGGAGGCCGACGCCAUGCGGCGCGACGACGCGCUGGCCUACGCCGGGAGGAUGGAGGCGUUUGUCCGGGACGUCCGCCGGGACCUCGCAAUGCCCAACCUCCUCGUCAUCCAGGUUGGGAUCGCGACGGCGCAGAAGCAGGGGAAGUGGCUGGAGCUGGUGAGGAAGCAGCAGAGGGCGGUGCGGGUGGCGAACCUCAAGUACGUGGAUGCCAUGGGGUUGCCCAUCGCCGACGACAUGACCCACCUCACCACCCAGGCGCAGGUCCGGCUCGGCAAGAUGCUCGCCGACGCAUACAUCGCCACGAUCUGAUGACUAGAGUGUGACGAGCGCCUUUCCUCGCAGCUUUUCGGUUGUGAACUGUAUCUCCUGCGUUUAUUUUGCAUGCCUUCUAUUAUGGUCGGUUGGUUUGUUGUUUGUAAUUGUCGGUUAACUAUCUUUCAUUCACAACAUUGUCAAUUAUGUCUACACAUCUUUGUAAGAGUUUCUGCGGAGGGGAAUUCAUAAAUAAUUGUUGAGUGCGAGGUUUAUCUCAAUAUAA